AUGGUCCGAUACGCUUUCGACGACUCUAAGCUCGCGGAGAAGACCGCCAAGUCGCGCGGCCAGUACCUCCGUGUUCACUUCAAGAACACUCGCGAGACUGCCGCCGCCGUCAACGGCAUGAAGCUCCAGAAGGCUUACGCUUACCUCGGCAACGUUGUUGAGAAGAAGCAGUGCAUCCCCUUCCGCCGCUUCAACGGAGGUGUCGGCCGCACCCAGCAGGCCAAGGAGUUCAAGACCACUCAGGGUCGAUGGCCCGUCAAGUCGGUCAAGUUCCUGCUUGCCCUUCUCAAGAACGCCGAGGCUAACGCUGAGGCCAAGGGCCUCGAGACCGAGGAACUCGUUAUCCGCAACAUUGUGAUCCAGCAGGCUCCCAAGACCCGUCGUCGCACGUACCGUGCUCACGGUCGUAUCAACCCUUACGAGGGUCACCCCAUCCACGCCGAGAUCUUGCUUAGCGAGCCUGCCGCCCAGGUUCCCAAGGCCGCCUCGACUGAUGUUGUCCGCCUGAACAAGCGCCAGAUUGCCCAGAAGCGCGUUGCUGCCGCUCGUGCCAUCAAGGCCUAA